UAUGUCCAUAUUGGAACAGAGUAGAAAGUUUUUGGUGAAUAUAAUGCAGCAUUUGAAUUAAAAUACUGUGGAAUGUUGGGAGACUAAUUUUCAUAGUGUCAUUUUUUGUAGGCAAACAUGAUUCGAAAUCUGAUUUGAGUUGUAGCCAUUCCUCUAGUGAGUUUAGGCCUGCAACAUAUAUUUAUGGGAAACGUUUCUUCUGCUCCAUUGACUCAAAAAUAUUACAAUAAAGACAUGAAUAACUUGACGUGCAAAGAUAUUCGUCACGUGCAGUAUAUAUUGGUGGAAAAUGUGACCUUUGUUCCAAGGACUCAAGAAGAAUACAUGUACUUCAAAGAAACAGAGGACCUGAAGUGUAAUCAUACCAUGCUCAAAGUGACGUAUGUACUUAAUCCUGUCGGCAAAAAAACCAGCAUUGGUUGUUUUUGUGAAAAGCCCGUGGCUGUGAAGAAAUGUUUGGAGUACAAUGAAAAUAAGAAUGUAACUAUCAUUCAACCAAAAGGUGAUACUCCUUGCAAUGACUUCUCAAUAACUCCAUGUAAAGUUAAAUACUUUUCUUCAGAGAGCUACAAGUUGUUUGAGUGCUUCGAAAAGUAUGGUGGGAUUUCCUCCCCAAUAGAAAAUCAAAGGAACAUCAAUUUCUUGAAGAAAAAGUUGGAGCAAAGCGAAAUGGAACUAGAGAAGAAGUUAGAGCAAAGAGAACUUGAGAUUCAUGAACUGAACAAAAAGUUGAACCGAAGCAAAAUUGAGAUUCAGGAACUGAACACAAAGUUGAACCAAAGCAAAACUGAGAUUCAGGAACUGAAGAAAAAAACAAUUGAUCUACCUACAGAAAAUGUUGAUUCAAAGAUAUACAAAUGGAUUGCAAUCGUAUUAAUUAUAUUGUUUGUUUUAUUUAUUCUGUAUAAAUUUUUCCCUUGUCAAAAGCUGAAAAAUAUUAUUCAAAAGAAACGUCCUGAAACCAGAACUAUGUCAUUGACAAGGACUGAAAAUGGUGACCAGGCAACUAUGUCUGAGAGGAAAUCUGAUGAUCAACAAAAAGAGGAAAACUAUGAUGAAGAUCAUUCCAAGAGAGAAAAGAGAGAGGAAGUUGGCAUUGAAUAUCGACCCGAUUAUGUCCAUCCAGAAGAAAAUGGUGAUGGUGAUGAUGAGGAUGAUGAUAAUGAAAUAGAAGGACUGAGUGAAGAAUUGCAAACAAAUAUACCAUUAAAGCGUAAGCUUAGAACCUCAGCUGUAGUUUUGGAAUCUGAGACACAUUAAAGUAACAAUGCUGAUUAAUUAAACAAUGUGAUCUGCAGUUUUCAUUUUUGUUGUUGAAUUGUACUUCACUA